AUGGCCAAAAUCGACGAAAACACAAAAAAUGAUCGGGAAUCAACUAAAACUCUGUUGAAUAAACAAAAAUCCGUUGAUCCUCAGGAGGUGAGGCGUAUCUUAAAUGAAAUGCCUUUAACUGAGGAUACAACAUGCGGUGUUGGUUGUUUUAAAGGUGGAUUUUUACAAAAAUUUGCAAAUCAAACGGCAUAUGUGAUUAUUUAUGGCCUCGUCGGUUGUGUCUUUGCCAUGACCAAUUCCUAUUUUCAUGGUACAAUUUCGACACUGGAGAAACGUUUCAAAAUUCCCUCUCGCAACACCGGCAUGAUUAUGAUUGGCAAUGAUUUGAGUCAGGUGUUGUGUUCGGCAGUGUUGGGUUACUACGCUGGCAAAAAACAUCGACCUCGGUGGAUGGGAUUCGGUCUCCUAACGCUGAUCGUGUUCUGUAUGCUCACCGUGACUCCUCAUUUUAUUUAUGGACCGGGAGAGGAUGCUUUAAGUCUCACCAAGGAAUAUGGUGCCGUAUCCGAUAUUAAUAUUUCAGUGCAGGAUUUAGAAGAACAACGGCAAAAAAUCCUUUGUCGUACAGAUGGCACCGGUGUGGAAUGUGAUGUGCGAGAGGGUAGUCUACUGCCACAAAUAUUAUUAUUUAUUGCACAAUUUGUGGCUGGUGUAGGAGGUUCUCUGUACUAUUCCUUGGGUGUUUCUUAUAUGGAUGACAACACCGAAAAGUCCAAGGCACCGGCUAUGUUGAGUAUUUCCUACUUCUUCGGUUUGUUGGGUCCCUCAUUGGGUUAUACAUUGGCCUCGCUGUGUUUACGAGUCUAUAUUGCUCCCCACCUAACACCGAUUAUUACCAUUCGUGAUUCACGUUGGUUGGGCGCCUGGUGGAUGGGUUGGCUAAUAACUGCUGGUCUCAUCUUCACUUUUGGAUUAUGUAUGUUUAUGUUCCCCAAGGAGCUGCCAUUGACAGCGGCACGCCGCAAGGCACAAAGUCUACUCGACAAAGAACAAAAUAUGGGUGUCUCUCUGGAGCAGAUACAACGUAAAACAUCAUUUAAGGAUAUGCUCAAGACCUUCCACACAUUCUUUAAGAGUAAAAUUAUUCUCUGCAAUAUUUUAUCGAACACUUUCUAUUUCUUCGGUUAUACCCCGUAUUGGAUAUUUACCGCUAAAUACAUUGAAAUUCAAUAUCGACAAUCGGCUGCUACGUCAAGCAUGGUUACUGGCACCGUGGCUCUGGUCUUUUCGGCUAUUGGUGUUUUACUUUCCGGUGUUAUCAUAUCAAAAUUUAAACCAAAAGCACGUUAUCUGGCCGCUUGGAACAUUUUGGUGGAUAUUGUUACAUUGACUGGCAUGAUUGCCUAUGUGUUUACUGGCUGUGCGGCAAAUGAUAAUUCUCUAAUAAAUAAUGCCAGUGAUAGUAUUUUGAAUUCAACAUUAAGUUGUAAUGGCAUUUGCCACUGUGAUUAUGUGCGCUAUACGCCAGUAUGUGGUGAGGAUAUGAGGACAUAUAUUUCACCAUGUCAUGCCGGAUGCAAGGGAGAACAUAUGGAUGCUAAUGGUGUUAAGAGUUACUAUGAUUGUUCGUGCAUACCCACCACUACGAAUCAAACAUUAAAUAAAAAUCCUUUAUUUGAACCACUAACAUUGACGGAUCUCAACAGUUCUUCCAUGAAUGGAACAAAUGUGAGUUAAAUGUUUGUUCAAUUGAUUUCGAAAAAAAUUAUGUUUAAUGGUUACCUCUUCGAUUUUCAGCUAUCCCUCGGUGUUGGAGGUCAGGCCAUGGCUGGUGCCUGUCCCGUCAAUUGUUAUAAUCAAUUUAUAACAUUCUUGGUGGUUAUGUGUACCAUUAAAUUCUUUGCUGCCACCGGUAGAGCAGCCAAUAUGUUAAUUACAAUGCGUUCAGUACCGCCCGAGGAUAAAUCCGCCAUUAUGGGUUUCGGCAUGAUGUUCAUUUCGUUGGUGUGCUUUGUACCCGCACCCAUUUUAUUCGGUUGGAUAUUUGAUAAAUAUUGUUUAGUAUGGGGUAAAACAUGUACCAAUAAGGGCAAUUGUUGGCUGUAUGAUUCCGAAAGUUUGAGAAUAACACUAAAUACUGUAGCUGCCAUUUUUAUUUGCAUAAGUACCCUGUUUAAUGGUGGUGUUUGGUAUCAUGUCAAAAAUCUUAAAGUAUUUGAUGAUGAAGAUGAAAACGGCACCGAAAUGAAACCUAUUCCUACAAAUGGUGAUGAAAAAUAG